CCACGCGAGAACAUUUGAUCGAGUUUAUCACCCGUUUUAAGAGCGAGAUGAAAAUCGAGGUGCAACUUUCCGGCUGUGUUUCGAAACAGGAUGCCAAAAUUGUUUCGAAAACGGUGAGAGCUUUGAAAUUUGAGGCGAGAAAUAAGACCAGGCGGCAAAGAAUUGGGAGGAAUCAACGCCUCCAGUUGCCCGAAGACGGGAGAGAAUGGAGUUUUAAGAAGAAUGCUUUCAACCCUUUCGAGGCACAUAAUUGGGUCUUAAAUUAUUAUCAAAUCGGCGUCGAAAUCGGGGAUGCUUAUGCGGCGUAUAAAAUUGUGGAAAAUUUGCAUGAUGAAGUCUACUACUUUUUGCGCGGAGAGAAGCAAAUCGGCUACAUCGUGGAAGCCGACCUUAUCCGCCCCCAUUCCGUGUGGGGUCUGACGAUUCGAGUGAACGCGUUGGCCUACAGGUUCACCUCGGAAUACGUCGAAACCCAAAUUGACCACUUCCUCUCCCACUAUUUCCACAAGUGCAUCAUGAACCGGGCCUAUUUUAACGAGCACAUCAACACGGACGGCCAAGUGGCGUGGGCCUUCGCCAAGAAAUUCUUCGCAAACUAUUUCCUCCAGGGGGGCCAGCACUUUAAGAAGCUGAGUGUCCACAUUGACGGCUACGUGGACGGGGUGCCUCCUUCUCUGCGGUGGAACCCGACCGUGGUCCCGCUCCCGGGCAAGAAAAGGGUCACCGUGAUUAAGGACAUGUUUCAAUUUAAGAGAGAUUUGAUCCCGUAUGAAAAUCCGGGUGGGGAUGAUGGCAAUAGUAGCGAUGAAGAGUAAAUUUUGUCAGGAUAAUGAUGAUGAUUGAUAAGCAGUGAUGAUGAUAAGCAAAAAAUAUGCAAAUAUGCAAAACCGGAAAUAAUGCUAAGAUAUUUGUCAUUGAUUUCAUUCAAUUUGC